CGUGCAAAUUAGAACGGUGAAGCAUGCCGGAUUCGAAGAUGAAAUCCACUCCAAAAAUAACGAUGGAGCCUAAUAGUGGAGCUCCGGCAAAUCAGCCGCAAUACAAAAUGACAGAUCCCAGAUUUCGCAUACGUCCAAUGCAGCAGGUUGUGUCCGCAUGCACGGGCGCCAUGAUUACAGCCUGCUUCAUGACACCUUUAGACGUAAUCAAGACGCGUUUGCAGGCGCAACAAUCUUCUCUGCUAUCAAAUAAGUGUUUUCUCUAUUGCAAUGGCCUUAUGGAUCACAUAUGUCCCUGCGGUCCCAAUGCGCCUACGCCGACAGCGACUUCUGCAUUUAAUAAGCUACCAUCUAAUUCCGCGGCCUCAUCCUCUCACUUUACGGGCACUAUAGAUGCAUUCAUUAAAAUCAGCCGCACCGAGGGCAUACGCUCGCUCUGGUCAGGCCUUAGUCCAACUCUUAUCUCUGCGCUACCCUCGACCAUUAUCUAUUUUGUGGCAUAUGAACAAUUCAGAGCACGCUUUAUCGACCUGCACUACAAGUACCUGUCCCCUGUACAAACAACAGCCUAUAGCCAAGACAUUCCAAUGUUAGUGCCAUUAAUGGCAGGAAUUACGGCACGUAUAUUGGCGGUGACCUUUGUUAGUCCCAUCGAAAUGAUACGCACCAAAAUGCAGUCCCAGAAGAUGACAAAUGCUGAAAUGAUGGGCACAAUACGUCAAGUAUUGGAGUCGCAAGGUGUGCUAGGGUUGUGGCGAGGCCUACCGCCCACCAUAUUGAGAGAUGUCCCCUUUUCCGGUAUUUACUGGACAUGUUACGAGUAUCUGAAGAGUAGUUUUAAUGUUGUUGAACCAACGUUUGGUUUUAGCUUUUUAGCAGGUGCAAUUUCGGGAUCAGUGGCUGCAACGGUCACAACGCCUUUUGAUGUCAUAAAGACGCAUGAACAAAUCGAAUUUGGUGAGAAAUUUAUAUUUACAGAUAAUCCUCCCAAGACUGUGCCACAAACAACGGCCAAUAAAACAGUUUUUGACCGUUUGGCGAGCAUUUAUCGUUUGAAUGGAUUUCGUGGUAUCUUUGCGGGACUUGGGCCACGUCUAUUUAAAGUGGCUCCAGCCUGUGCGAUCAUGAUAUCGACAUUCGAAUAUAGCAAGUCAUUCUUCUAUCACUAUAAUGUGGAUCAGCACAAUCAGGCGCUGAUUCUGACGGCUUCAGCUCGAAAUAAACAAACCUUAGCAGAAGAGGAGCAGACGCCUACAGCUUAUAAUUCGAUUCCGAAGAAUUAGAAGUGGAGUUCUUAAUAUUUGCCUGUAAAUAUGUAAAUUAAUACCAAAGUUAGCGAAAAAACAACAUCGCUGGGAAACAAUAAGACGGUUUGCGAUUUAAGGAUUUUGUAAAAUUAAUGAGUGAAAUAAAAUUUUUUUUUAAUAAUUCAAUUCAAUUUGGCUUGGCGCUAAAUGAAUUGAAGAACAGAACCUGGACAGAAGCUAAAAACGUAUUCU